AUGUCACAUUCAAACACAGGUAGCCUUACCCGUAAGACAAAAAAGGAUGAUGUUGAAGCACUUUUAUCCGAUUUCGAUAAUCUAGAAACAAAGAGAACAACAGGCGGCGCAGCAUCCAACGAAAAGGCAACGCCUAGAGGACUUACAGGUAAAAAGACCAACACUUCAGCAUCGACAAAAGAUGAUGCUCAACUGUUACUUGAUGAUUUGGAUGAUCUUGUUAAACAGAGAAGAGCGCCAACACCAAAACGAACACUUUCUACAAAAACACCUUCAACAAGUGUUUCAAGGACAGCAUCUACCGAUAACUUUCACACAUCCAAUACAGCCGCAAAUGAUGCAAGCAAAACAAGUAAUGUCAGCGAUCAAAUACCUCCAUCAUCCGAUGCAAGUAGCAAUAUCACAUUAGGGGAAACAGGCAUAAGCACAAGCUCGGACCAUGCUGCCAGCGCAAGUGGUUCUUGGGGCGGAUGGUGGUCCAGUGCCACCAAAUUCGCUGAUCAAGCUCGAGCAGAGUUGGAGAAACGUGCUGCACAAGUACAAUCGCAGAUUAAUCUUCCCUGGCAAUCGGCUGCACAAAAUAUAAAUGCUUUCCUUAAAUCGCACGGAGGAGAUUUGAAUAAGAUUCGAUCGGAUAUUGGAAAAGUUGGAAUGAAGAGAUGGAAUGAGAUCCUAAACGUUGUUGUUCCGCCAAUCGAAAGUCAUGAAGUUCUUUCGAUUACUUUGAGCCAUGAUAUGCUUGGAUUUGAAGGUGUUCCUGAUGUCGUCUUUCAGAUUCUACAAAGAGUCAUGGAGACACAUGCAGCUUCACAACAUGCAGAACAACAAUUAGUAGUAAACAAAGCACCAGAAAGAAGGACAGAAUCUGCAACUAAAUCCGAUGACAAUGAAGAGGAGGAUAUUAAGCCAGACAUGCGGCCUGUGGUCGGCUUCUCUGAGGCAUGGAAACUGGCCGAGUCACGUUUGGAAGAACUGGUGAACAACCACAAAGCCAAUCAAAGAGAAGAUUCAACGCCUACCAACGAUCAAUCGGCCACACUACCCAUCACAACAUGUCCGCUUUUUAUUCGUAUUCAACCUGUUUUGGAUGUUUUGCCCGGUCUCAAAACAAAUACCCUCUCUGCCGAUUCUAGCACGCAUUUGUAUAUCUGCAUCAUCUUGCGUGAUCCAACGAACAACCUAUCACACAGAACUGUUUCUCAGCCGCUACCGAAGCCGUACGCUUUGCUGCCUUUUGAUCAACAUCCUUGGGCAGAGGAAUUGUUGAGCGAAAGCUUACAAAACGCUUUGGGUAGCGUAGGAUUGGAAUAUGUUCGAAGUAGAAUGCAAGCACAAAGCGAAGCUUUAUCAAAAGCAGCUGAAGCAGACGAAACAGACGGACAACAAAAUUCUAAUGAUGUUUGA